AUGGGUGAGCAUUAUGCAAUGAAUACCGGCGAUUUCGCGGAGUACCUACAAUCGAUCGUGAAGUUAAAUGUCUUGGAAAAAAUGACUCAAGACUUGGACAAAGAGCUGACCGAUUCUCAAAACAUAAUGAUGGAAAUUAAAGCUAUUUACAACACUGUAUCACAUGUGGAAAAUAGCCCGACGGAGCCAGAGAACAACGGAUUGCGACAUGAGGAUGUUUCAACGUUCUUGGAGUCAGGCGUACCUAAAUUACUGAUGCCAGACAUGACUGAAAACAAUAUGGAUGUUGACAUUGAUGUAUGCAUCGCUACUUUGAAGAGGUAUGCCGAAGAACUCAAAAAUAAUAUUGUAACGUCUGAUGAAAAUACUCCUAGACCUAAAGACCUUGUGAAAUUAGAUUUGAAUCAGUAUGCACAAAGUUUGGAUCAGCUGAGUAAGCGAGUUGCUAACAUAAAAAUAAACAAGAAAGAUGAAUUAAAUAACAGAAAUAUUGAACUGGAAGGCAAAUUGACCAUACUUUGCGACGAUGUCAACAAGUUUACUACUAUGGUUCAAGCUAAAACAGCUAUAAGCGAGAGCAAUAAAAACUGGCAGCCGAGUGAUAGCAAUUCACUGCAAUAUGAUUGCAUCAUCAGCAAAUUACUCUCUGGGAUCAAUGAGGUGUCAUACUUACUACAAAACAAGAACUAA